GAAUGCCUCAAACUUCGUUUAGCUCUUGUUCGUGAGUUAGUUUGCUCAGUGCAUCAUCCACAGUUCGUGUUUGAAGUUAGUUAACAGUGACAAGUCUAUCACUAAUCAAAUAUGAAAGCCGUAGUCAGUGCUCUGUGUACCGAAACCGGAAUUUCCGCCAUCAGCGGAAAAAUCGCCAAACGGAAAGAUAUAGAAAACGAAGAGAUACAAAUGUAUCUAUCCAAAUUAAAGGAUUUAGUUCCGUUUAUGCCUAAAAAUAAAAAACUAUCCAAAUUGGAAGUUAUCCAAUACGUUAUUGACUAUAUUUGUGAUUUACAAAGUGCUUUGGAAACACACCCUGCGGUUAACGCUUUCGAUGCCGCCUCAGCUCUUAGUCAGAAAAAAUCGCAAGGAGCAGUUAGUCCCAGGCAACCAUUAGGAGUCAGACCAAGUCCCAAUACCAUACUCACACCCUGCGAAGCACCAGUACUCCAAAAUAUAUCUAGUACUGAACCAUUGACGCCAACCGAAAGGCAGGUAUCGUGCUAAUCCAAUGAUCUUCAUCGUGAUCAUAUUCAUCUCAUUCCAAUAUUCCCUGGAGCAAACGAGAAGAAAAUCAUCCUCGAUAUUAAAAGUUUCUUUUUGGUGAAAAUCUAGGGAAACGACUGAUAUCAUCAUAAUUUAUAUAUUUUAUAAGGAUGGGUGAUUGAUUGUGGACAAUUUGUGAGAAAGGAGAAUGUUUCGAAAUGCAGAUGGCGACAGUGACGCACCCAGAAACUAAAAUUUUCAAAUUGUGUCGCAUAUUUUCGAACAAACCGACGAGUGUUUAUUGAUUAACUUCAUUUUAUUUAUUAAAUUAUUGAGCACAGUUUUCUCUCCAUUUUUUUUUUUGUAUGAAAAAAGCGAAUUAAUAUUAUGUAUUAGGUUAGGAAAAUCCGUUUCAUUAUCCUGGGUGCGUCAGUGCAAAAUAAUGUACCUGUUACGUUGCAAUUUGUUAAGUAGAUUUUAUUUUUAUUGUUUUGUAUAUAUAAAAAAGAAUAGGCGGGUUUAUAACAAUUAAAAACUGCUUUUUAUUUCGAUUUAAGACAUUUUAAGAAAUUUUAGUAAACGUGCGUAAUGAUGUUAGUCACAGAUUCAUUUAGGGUUGGCUUUAAUGAAGGUUUUUUUUUUUAGAAAAAACCUCCAAACAACUUUUUCUUCAUUAUACUUUAAUUGUUUCGUGAGUUUUUUAUUCUGUGAUUUUUUUUUUAGUGUAUAAUUGUGUAUAAAAUAUUUCCUCCCGUGAAACAUUUUUUUACGUUGAUCAAGCAAUUGUUUAAAAUGCAAGUUUCGACGAUUUUGAACAGUUGUCAACUCAACUUUUAACUUGUGUACAUUUUUGUUCUAGAAAACUUUUGUAAAUAGUUACCUACGUAGCAACUUCAUGUUGUUGAAAAUUUAUUAUUAUGUAAAGAUAUUUGAAAUAAAUAAUUAUGAUUUUAUAAAUUUA